GCAAAGUUGACUGUCGGUAUGCGAGUCUGCAAAGACGAGAAAAACUGAGCGAUAAAUAAGUUUACAUGCACGUCAAGAAGAGGGAAAAGCGUCGUCGCUUUUGUAAGUAAGUGGUAGUUAACACACAAAGUCACAACAUGGCUGCAGGUUGUGUUCGAGUUCACCCUCCGUUUGUUGAGUUCAGCGACGUCAAAGUCGGUCGGGUCUACAAGACCACAGUCACUGCAGCAAAUGUUGGGAAGACUUUGAGGAAAAUAACGAUUGGAAAACCAGCAUUAGAGUUGUUCAAGUUCACGGCGUCCAGCUCAGCCGAGUUGGUGGCUCCUGGUCUGUGUGUGAGCGGCGUGCUGGAGUUCACUCCGGAGGACGAGGAGGAGGUCAGAGACUGUCUCCUGAUUCAUGUAGACGAGGUGGACACCAUCGAAGUCCCACUGCUGGGGUUUCCCCGGACUUGUUCCCUGCUGAUGGACUCAGUGUUAGACUUCGGCUGCAUUGCUGCCAGCAGUCAGGUGAUCAGCAAACAUCACCAUAUAACCAAUCAGGGAUCGGCACCAGGUGUUUUCCAUGUGCAGUAUGAUGGAGACCCCUCAGUCAGACUGUCACCCUGUAGUGGAGUCGUUGCAGCCGGCGCCACCCAGUGGCUGCAAGUGGAACUGCGCACAGAUGGACCCAGACAGAUUGAUGAAAAGGCUCUGGUGAAACUCCAGAAUCGCUCGUCUGUCGUUCUCAGGAUCAGGGCUGAGGUGGUUGACCAGCGCCUCGAGGUCUUUGACCUGCAGGGAGCUCCACUGUCCUGUCUGUGGUUCGGACCUGUAUACUUCGGGACAUCCCGUGUGGGGAAUGUGGUUCUGAGAAACAGUGCACCCCAGGCAUGUGACUGGGUCUGCCUGCUCCAGGAUACAGCUGCUGGGACUGAGAAGGGAACAGACCUCCAGAAGAGCACAGACGCCACCCUGCUGGAGAAAAUGGAGAAGUGCAGCCCAGCCACCCAAGACGUCUCUCAGGUCUUCGUGUGUGUACCCAAGCAGGGUCGCCUUGGACCAUAUGACGAAACCACUGUGACAGUACGCUUCAGCCCCGUGUGCAAGAGUACAACUGAAGGCAAGAAGCCCAAUAACUCAGCCAGCCGGCAAGACUACUGUGUUUUCCUGCUGUUUGAGUCAGUGGGAAGUCGAUAUGGCUUCACUCACCAUAACGGUAACAGCAGUGUGGAGCUGGCAGUGACAGGCUCUGGACUGCCUGUGUCUCUGGUGACUAGUCCCUCUCAGAGAUUUGAUUUCCUCCCCUGUGUGACGGGCCAACGUGUGGACCAGCUGUGUGUUCUGCAGAACCUCUGCCCUCAACUUCCCGUCAACUUCCGCUUCCGCAGAUUAGCGCAUUUCAACGCCAAGCCCUCCACUGGCACAAUCUCCCCUGGUCAAUGCCAGGAUGUAGUUUUGUCUUUCACUGCACGGCAGCAAGGGAGCUUCCAGGUGCGUCAGAAGGUAGAUGUCUUAGGUCAUGUUGUUCACAGGGGUGGCAACUCUGCUGAGGAUGAUAUUAGACUUGAGUUUUGCAGCUUCCACACCAUCAGUCUACACCUGUCUGCUGUCUGCCACAGUGAGACCACACAUCCUGUGCCUAAACUAAAUCCAGGCAUCACUCCAGCAGUGACCAAUCCAACCGGAUCACAGCCUCACGUUCAGUCCAGCGAACUGGCCCGCUGUCGUGGGAUGGCGCAUGCUGCUGUCCUCAGCGCAGACAAAACACGACUACACGUACAUCGCAAAGAGAGGAGUCAGAACGCAGAGGGCGAAGAGUUUCUGGCUUUUCCCAAUGACCGAGCCACGAGCAUCAGGCCUGCCUCUGCAUACAGACAGUACAGGACCAUCUUUACUGGUGUACACCGCUAUCGCUAUGUGGACACCAACUAUGCUUUCACUGAGGAAGAGGAGGAGCAGAGACAGCAGCAUCAACAGAUUUACACAGACUUCAUCAAACAGAUCAGACAAACACGCCUGCAGAAGAUCAAGCAGAGACAACAGGAAAAAGUGGAGGACGAUGUGGAUAUUGGGAUUGUUCCUUCUCAAGGGCUUGUUCCCCCUGAACUUCACAUCAGAGACCUGGAGAGCAGUAAAAUCUCAGAGACCAAGUCAAACCUCAGCUGUACUUCCCCAGCAACCAAACACAGCUGCCUCCAAGACAUGAGAUCCAUCAGCCGGCAGGUCAACAGUCAGGUCACAUCAAAGGUUUCAGAAGUAAUGAAUGCAGUUCCCUCUACCAGCCAGGAGGUGGCAGACUGCAACAAGAGUCUGACAGCUCAGGAGCUCUACAAAGUUGACAUAGGUCCAUCGUCAGUGGACUUUGGUGAGGUUUGUGUGCAGUCGGUAUGUGUUCAGAACCUGGAGCUGAUCAAUCAUCUGUCAGUGUUCGUCUGGGUGCAGCUGGAGGUGGACUGCCCUGAGCUGCAGGGCUCCUCACCCCUCUCCCAUGUCCUGCCUCCCCACUCCCACAGCUCCCUGCCCCUGACGUUUCAAAGCACCAAGCUGGGUCCCUUCUACAGGCCUGUAUCCUACUCUGUGAACCAGCACCACCCUGGUCAGAUCCUGGUCCAGGCCCAGGUCGUCCCCUUGGCUCUUGAGCUGUCCACUUCCCUGCUGGUGCUCCACCCCACCCCAUUUUUGCUCGCCCAGUCAGGAUACAGGAGCUCAGUUACUCUUCGAAACCAGCGUAACCACGCCGCAGAGUUCACGUGGAGACCAGUAGUCACAGAGAGUGGCAUCCUGUUCUCCAUUCGACCAGCUACAGGUACAGUGGAGCCGUACAGCGAAUUGGACUGUGAGGUCGUGUGGCAUCCAGCCUUCUCCUCCCCUUCAGAAGGAGACUUUGACCUCUGUGUCCAUGAGGGCAACACACAACGCCUGCACUGUGUUGCUAAGGUUGGAUCCUCCAGUGUCCAGCUGGCAGACAAACAGGUCCUAUUUGGAUCAGUGCCUCUCAACAUGUUUUCAAUCAGAACUGCAGUCUUACACAACACUGGACAGAACCAUGCCUACUACCAGGUGCUGGAUCUUUGCCCUCUGCCAGGCAUGGUGGUGAGUCCACCUGAGGGCGUGGUGCCAAGUGGGGGGCAGGCUGCUCUUAAGAUCCACUUCAACCCUGACUCUGUCAUCAAGUUUGACACCAGAGUCGAGAUAGCUCUGAGGAGCAUGAAGUCCAUUGAACUCCGAGUGGGCGGAUCAGUGGAGCCUCCAAAUGUAGACACCAGUGUGUCCCAUUUCCAGUUUUACGGCGUCCAUGCUGGUUCUCAGCGAGCGAUACCGUUUGCUCUGACAAACCGCUCGUCAGCCAGAGCCCGCGUCGCCUUCAAUCUGUCAGAAUACACAGACUUCUGUUUGCAGCUCCCUCAGCCCUCAGCAAAGAAGGAGCCAGGUGUGAGUGUUGUGGAGGUCCAGGGCAAUCAGACAGUGGCCUGUUCCCUUGUAUUCUCCCCCACUCAGGCGGCCAGUUAUGACUUUUGCCUGCCACUGAUGGUCAACGGGGUGAGAUGGCCCACUGCUCCUCUGUCUCCUUUACCCGCUCCGUCCUCCUCUUCCACCUCCUCCUCGCUGUCAAUUAGCAGCAGGAAGCAUGUCAUCAAACCUCUUCCCCCGUCUGUCACCAUGGCGACACCACAGUCGCAGCGCAUACAGGCCACAGUGUUGUGUGCCCCACUGGAAAUGUCCCCGUCUCGCCUUCAGUUCCAUGUUGAACCUUUGGCACCACAGUCUGAUGUUUACACUAAGACAGUGGAGCUGAAAGCAGUGUGCGAAGAGAGUGUUGUUUGGCGUAGUGGUGUCAGGAAGCAUGUAAACUGGUGGUUUGACUGCAAUGCAAUAGUGCUACCAACAGAGGACAGAAGACAGGGAGAGCUAUGUACGGUGUCUCCAUCAUCAGGCAGUCUGGGGCCUGGUCAGUCCAUCUGCUUGGCGGUCAGCAUCAGCCCUGAGGCUGUCGGAACAGGUUCUGGAAGGGUGACCAAACUUUCCCUUCCUCUUUACCUGGGAGACAAGGGAGGCAAGGGGAUGGGAGCAGAGGAAGGACAUCAACCCUACCGACAGCUGUCCAUCACCGUUACUCUCCAGUUUCCCAGUAUUACAAUCCACCCACCUCAAAUCCUUCUUACACCAGUUCCCCUGGAAAGCAAUGCAACUGCCACUCUCACCCUGCUUGCCUUCGGAUAUCGUGGCGGAACCGAGGUAACAGCUGAAGUGGAUGAGGUGGACCUGGAGGAUGGGACAAAGAUACAACCUGUUUCUGUCAUUUUUCCAGAGGGUAACAACAUCCCUACUCAAAACCAGGAUCAGAGGCAUCCAGUCAGCAUCCAGAACCAGCAGGCUGUGACCUCUCUAAUCUGCAGUGUGUCCUUCUGCUCCACCAUCCCUCUGUCCUUCUGCACAACCAUCACCUUCACUGACCACCUCCACAACAGGUUUAAGGUUAAGCUAUAUGCUAUCGCUGACAACUGUCUGUUGACAGUCUGGCCCUUUAUGGCCCUGCACCGCUCCGAGCAACAGAUAGUUCUCAAGACUGGGGCCACAGCUGUUGAGGCUAUCCUCCAGCGGUAUCACACACCAAGUCCUGCCUCUGGUCCGACUUCAUCAACCUCCUCGUUGUUUGAUCACAACAGCUCAACAAACAAGAACUCAGUCUCAGAUAGUGACAGUCUGAGCGGUCAGGCCAGCGCGGACACAGACAACUCUCCUAACAGAGACACCCUAUCCAAUCUUGGUAUCCCAGAAUUCCCUGCUGCCAACUCAGAGGAAGGUUUAUUUUACCAGAAUGUGUUGUUGGCUGUGGAGAGGUGGUUUAGCCUCUUUGGGUGGCCAAGUGGACCACAUCCUAUCUCUGUACCACACACGCUCAGAAGAGUUGUGUCAAAGAUUCAAAUGAAUCCUUCCAGUGGACGGGCUUAUCGAGUCAGUCAAAAUAAAGACUCCAGGUCUGUAGUGGACAUGCUUCAUCACCUGACUGGAAAACAAAUUCCUGGUAUUCCUUGCUGUCAGACGUUUUCCAGUGAUAUAGACCAGCGCACCAAUCAACUGCUACAACAGCAUGAAGCUAUGCUUGCUUUUCUCAGGGUACAGGGAGCCUGCCUUUGUCACAUCAGACCAGAGUACUUGUUAGACAUGAAGGAGUUCAGACACUGGUGCUCCCUCCAGUCAAAUGAAGAAGAACAUGGUCUGGGCUAUAGCAGUGUUGACUAUGAGUCUCUGAGCAAGCAAUCCUGGACUGACGUGCUGCUCCAAAUAUACAAGGUGCUGGUGUUGGGUCGCGUGUCAGAGAGCGGUCUGAACCAAACUUUGGACCACGAGGAUGUAGAUGGAGUCCUUCCUGUCAGCUCACAGCCACUGGCCAGUAACAUCUAUUCAUCCUGGGAGCUCCAGUUGCUCUCAUGGCUCAACAAGCACUACCAGAGCAUGAGGAACGUUGUGUGGGGAACAGGUGGUGUCCCAUCAGCACGCUGGAUUGUGAAUUUUGACCUGGACUUGACAGAUGGACUGGUGCUAGCUGCUCUGCUUGCUGCCUACUGCCCUUACCUGAUCUCCAGCCACUUCCAGAGGAUGUACACCACAACAAACAGCCUGGAGCAGAUCCUUCACAACAACAUCAUAGUGUCCCAGGCUUUAACUGCACUUUGUCUCAGCCUAGAUGUACAGCCAACAGACUUUGUCAGACCCUAAUCCAGCUGCAGAAUGUUAAUCUGUGUGUUCAUCCUGUAUGGAGAGGCUCCUCAGUACCUGCCACUGCCACCAAUCACUCUCUCAGGAUUGCCUUGCACAGCACUUUUCAGAAAACAGGUGCGUCUGAAAAGCCCAUCUUCCAAGCCUGUCAAAUACCAGGCCUUCCUUUUUGGAGGGGAUGCCCAUCUCUUCUCCCUUCCUGAUGGAUCUACUGUCACCAUUCCUCCAAAGAUGAGCACUGAACUGACCAUCCACUUCAGCUGCUCCUUCAUGCAGCCCAUGGAGGCAGUUCUUCUGCUCAUCUCCAGCUCUCCUUUUGGCCUGCGAGGCACCACUCUCGCCUUCAAUCUGAAGACCCAUGUCAGUCACAUCACACCCACAAACAUUGUCAAGUGCAAGUCUCCAUGUUACCAACUGAAAGUGGUCCAAGUGCCCAUAACUAACCUUUUCUCCAAAGAAGCUAAGUUCAGGGUGGUGCUGGUGGAGUCUGCAUUCAACCCACUGGAGCCGGAAAAGAAAAAAGACAGCCUCCUUCAACAGGCCUCCUUCAAGGCCAAUAUAGAGAAGAUGACUUCAGACAAGAGUUGUGAGGAUGAGAUGGAAGGGAAGUGCUCAGAUCUCGAUGGCAAAGGCAGCGAGUUCCUGAGUGGAGUGAGGAGUGUUUGUCUGAAGUCAGGCCAAGCAGACACUCUGAACAUCCACUACCUGCCCUUCUGCCCGGGGACCAAGUACUGCUCUGUGCUGCUAGUUUGCCCGCAGGUGGGAGAUAUGGUCUAUAUGGUAAAGGCCACAGCAGAAUUGCCUUUACCUUCCCCUCUCUCUGCCAGGCCCAGUUCAAACAUACUCUCCAUCCCCAGCAACUCCGACCCAGCUGUGUGUGUAUCAGUACUCAGCCUACGCUGCCAAGUGGGGCAGGUGGUUGAGGAGGUGGUGCGUCUACCGCUGAUCAAUAUGGCCUGGGAGCAGGCUUUGGCCAUCUGGGGUCAGCACAGCAUGAGUGCCGACGAACACAGGAGGCGGAUGCUGACACACACUUUGCAUAGCAGUACUGUGAGGGCAGCCACAGCUGCUCGCACCCUCCUCGAAAAGCAGGCCGCACUGUUAAGAGUUGAUCAGCGCAGUAAAGGAGUGGAAUACAGUGUGGAGGUUUCUAUGCCACAGUACUUCACUUUACCCAGUACUGUUGCAAUACCUAUAAAAGAAGACAUCAUCAUACCAUGGGAGAAUCCUGCAGAUUGUGGCUGUGUGGACAUCCCAUUACGGUUCCAGGCGGACUCUGUGGGGAAAUUUACAUGUCAGGUUGUCCUGAGGUCCUGGUGUGAUACCAGGGUCUAUGCACUAGAGGUGCUGGUUACUUCACAGGGAAAACCCAUCCACUUGGACUUCAGUUCGCCUGCUCACCAUUCAGUCACGCAAGACAUACCACUGCAAAAUGAGACCAGCCGAGACUGGAAAAUGCAAGCUGAGGUGUGUGGUGAAGGAUUCUCCAGCCCAAAGGUUGUGAAUGUGCCAGCAGGGACACGAGCCCGCUACCCCCUCACCUUUAAACCUGCUGCACAAUGCACUGUCACGGGCAAGCUGUCCUUACAUAAUGACUGCGACGGCACUGAGCACGUGUUUAACCUCAGAGGAGUGGGAGAGCACCCCCUGCCUGUGGACCAUGUGGUACUACACUGCCCUGUAGGUCAAACCACACACACACAGCUGGAUGUCCCCAACUACAGCCAGAACAAACUCACUCUCAAGGUAGUGACAGACCUAUCUGUUGUAAGUGGCACCCCCUCCCUGGAGAUUAAACCUGGUGACAAUGCGCCAUACACCCUGGCUGCGUCACCAUGGAAACGAGGAAAACAUACAGGCUGUCUGUCAUUUCUAGAAAUUGACAUGUCAGAGACAGACAAGCGCAAAGAAAAUGUUCUCGGACGCUACGAGGUGCAUUUCUCUCUAGAGAUCAUUUGUGAGCCAGCAGCACCCAUCAAGGUCAUAGAUGUACAAUGUGUUGCUCAGAGCUCAGUUGCCAUAGAGGUCCCUGUCAGUAACCCACGAGGAGAGCUGCUGAUGCUGGAUGUGUGCCUGGAAGGAGACGACCUGAGCGGGGCCAGCUGGGUUUCAAUUCCCCCACGGGAGACUCUCACCUACAAAGCUACGUUCUCCCCUGGCAGAGUGGGGAAGAGCACAGGCAGUGUGUUGUUCCAGUCAGAGCUGGUGGGGGAGUUCUGGUAUCAACUGGAGCUUUAUGCUCUUCCUCCUCCAGUCAUCAUGCUACCACAGGCCUGCUGUCAGCUGGGCAAAUGGACCAGACAGACCAUUCCCCUGGUUAACCCAACAGCUGAGACUCUGGAGCUAAUUGUAGCCAACAGUAACCACAGAAACUACAAACUGGAAAUGGAUUCAGGAAGUACUCUUACUGUGGAGCCCCACUCCUCCACUGAGCUUGGUGUCCAUUUUAAUCCUUCAUCCAUCGGAGAAGGGAACCACGCGGCAAAGAUCACUUUCACAUGCCCUGAGUUGCAGGAAUGGUGUGUGUUGUUGAGUGGACGUGGCCUUAAUCCAGAGAGCGAGGAGCCCCUGAGCAUCUCAUCCCUGAUUGGCUCCAACGCCUCCAUCACCAUUCCUUUCACAAACCCCACUGAGUUCCCAGUCAUGCUCGAUAUCUCACUCACAGAUGAGGACCCGAGUGGGGCCCCCAACUGCCAUCAAGUCUCUACAGAGAGGGAAGUCUUCUCUAUCCCUCUGAGCCAAACUGGAGGUAUCCAGAUCAGUGAAGGGGCCAGUUUUGAUGUGCCUGUGGUGUUUGCCCCUAACUCUAUGAGGCUACAGCAGGCCUGGCUCUGCCUCACUAUGAAUCCCAUCAGCAGCCCGGGAAAGAACAGUACCUUCUGUACAGACAACGCGAGCUCAGAGCAGGAAUUGUCAACCAUCUGUUGGACUUACCCUCUCCGUGGGAUUCCCAUGGAAAUGCCUGUUGAGAACUCACCACUUGGCCUGAUUUGUUGUGAAGCGGGCUGCCAGCUGGAAAGGAAAGUAGAUAUACUGCUCACUGGAUGUGUGCCGGGGAAUCAAGAGCGGACAGGACAGGGAGAUUCCCAGAUGACAAUGGAAGACUUCUUGUGCAGGGUUCGUUCAGACAGCAGAGCACAAACAGAGUACUCCGAGGUGGAGGACUGCCUGUCUGCCUCCGUCGAGGCAGCGAGGAGGGACCCUGAGACUGGCAUCGUAACACUCACCCUUAAUGUAGUCUACACUCCUCUCAGGCCAUGCAGGUGUUCAGCGGUCCUAUCUGUGCAGUCUGUGUCCGGCGGGAUCUGGGAGUAUCCCGUCACUCUCAUCGCCACAGAGCCUCAAGUGGAUGAUGUUAUCCUCACUGAAGCCACUGAGUUGGGAAAGACUUCAGCUGUGGGCUUCCGUCUGACCAGCACCACCAGGAGGCCGGAGCCGUUCACUGCAGCGUUCCUGCCAGGCAGCAGCCGUGAGUUCACAGUGACUCCAGCCUCAGGCGUGUUACCUCCCGCUGGUUCUGCUGGAGCUCUCAUCACCGUCUCCUUCACGCCCACCAUGUACAGCAAGCACAGAGCAAGACUAACCAUCCAGGCAGCAGACAUGCAGUGGACCUACGAGGUGAGAGGGAAAACCUUUCGUGACUCCCCACCCCUCUGUACAACCUCCACCAAUGGCAGCUCCUCUGUUCUGCGUCCAGCCAAGGAAAGGCAGCAGAACUUUGUGGCUCGAAACCUUCGGCUUCCCGUGCUUGCUAACUCGUCCCCUCUCAAAGUCCGCAGAUAAAAGACAGCCUCACUCUCUCAUGCAGCUAAGGAUCAUCAUUUUUGUCUAAUUUCCUUUUUCACUUUUUUAUACUUGAAUUGUAGCUGUGGCAGCUUUUUCAUCUGGAAACAUUUACCACACAAUGUCACCUUCAAUUAAAAAGAUACCUUUAUAUUUUGAAAAUUAACUAAUGAACUAUUAUUUGGACAGGCGCAUAAUAACCUGGUAAUGGUGAUGGGUUUCACCAUUUGUCCUUUUUUUCCGCUUAAAAAGGCUCAUUAGUCGUUGUAGUGUUUCUCAUCAGCCGUUCUAAUGAGCUAUUUUUCUGCCAAUACAAAGAUUUUUUUUCUCUACCUUUUGGCAAGUGAAGGAAAUUUAGCAGGAUGAUACUGAAGUGAGGAUCUUUUUGUGAAAACUCUGCAGAUGUUCAAUGUUCAUCACUGUUAAUGUAUCUCUUAAUGUAA